AUGUUGAUUAAGGAGUCUCACGUCGAUGUUCCUACCAUUGCCAAUGGCAAAGACAGCUCCAUGCGCAUCUUUGUCUUUCAUCCUACUAUUCCUGGAUACCCCAAUGCACGCUUCCCUGGCGUGAGUCUCUUCAGUGAGAUCUACCAAGUAACCGGUCCUGUUGCCCGUUUUGCUCGUCAGAUCGCCGGCCAGGGUUAUAUCGUUGCCGCACCAUCGUCAUACCACGACUUCACCGGCCCUGAGCCUCUCAAGUACGACGCCGAGGAUACUGACCGUGGCAACAAAUUCAAGAUCGAAAAGACUCUCGAGUCCUAUGAUGCCGACUCAUAUGCCACCGUUGACUACCUCCUCUCACUUCCCACUUGCACCGGACGUAUCGGCGCGACAGGCAUGUGCCUUGGCGGGCAUCUUGCCGUUCGUGCUGCACUUGACUCUCGUAUCUCUGCUUGCGUUGCUUACUUCGCUACCGACAUCCACUCUCGUACCCUGGGCCCCUAUGACGCUGCCAACACUUCCUCGACCGCACCGUCAAACAGCAACCAUACUCUUGAUCUUUUCCAAAACUUCAAGGGCGAGGUUGCCAUGAUCUUUGGAGUUAAGGACACUCACGUCCCUGAUGCUGGUCGUGAUCUCAUCCGUGCCAAGCUUCGUGAAGCUGGUGUAGUAACCAGCUUUUAUGAGUUUGCCUGGGCUCAGCAUGCCUUCAUCCGCGACGAGCUCAGCAAGGGCCGUUACGACCCUGCCAUUACCAAGGUCUGCUUCGAGGUUCUGCUAGAACUCUUUGGCCGUGUUCUCAAGACUGAUCUGGGAGCCAAUGAUGGCGAUGUCCCACCACCAGAGCACGUGUGUUAA